UUGUGGUCGUCGCCUAGGACCGGCCGGCCGCCUCCGUCGCCGUCGUUGUUGUCGUCGUCGCCGCCGCCGACGUGCUCUUGCCUUGGGCUUCCACCGACUUCUCGUUCGCGUUUCGCCUCUGUUCUCGCUGAGCUCCGACCGCAGUGAGCUGCGGGGUCGUGAAUCUUAUCCAAACUUGAGCGCUUAGUUGUUGAGUUGGAUAAGAACGGUUGGAUCCCUUCAACUUCUUGUUGAAUAUCUCUCUGAGCGUUUUCAGGUCUGAAUUCUCGCCGACGAGCAGAGAGAAUCCCCAACGAUGCCAGGGAGCAAAAUUCUGAGCUUUUCAUCUGCCUCCGAGCUUGGAUCUGCCGUCGUCGUCGAUGAUCUAGAGAUUACUACGAGGUGCCAGGGUUCAUCCACCAGCCGGAAGCGAUCUAGAUCUCAAUCAGCGCUGAAGAGCUCUAUCAAGAACGUUCCCUCAUCUACCAAAAGGAUACCUCCUCGUAGAUGCAGCAAUGCUAUAGUGGAUUCUAAAGGAGAAAUAAAAUUGGAUUUGCAGCAGUGUUGUGAUGAUUCCAAUGGAGAACCCCUGGUGGUGUCCUCUCCAAAAACUUUGAGGCAGGAGAGAUCCUCUGAUUACUGCUUUCAGAGGUCCACAUGGAACCCAAGAGUAACUUCCAUGAAUCAAAACACUGCUGUCAAUGUUGAACAAUCACCUAACAAUGAAGAGCCGAAUAAUAAACUGACGUGGCGUCGAAGUGGCAGAGAACGAAUGGUGAACAAACAAAGGGAAAGAGAAACAAGCUGA